UCUUCAAAUCUUCUGGUGUUUCAGUGGAUUCAUUCUCUGUAGUCAUGGCUGGAGGGGAAGCCAAGAAGCCUCCGGGAGAUGUAGCUCAGGAGAAUGCAACUGUCAGUGAUAGAGAUAUAAUGCUGGCUCGACUAAAAAUGGAGAAGAACAUGUCCCUCAUCAAUGCAUGGGAAGAUUCUGAGAAAUCAAAAGCCCAAAACAAAGCUCAGAAGAAGAUAUCUGCCAUCGGUUCAUGGGAGAGGAGCAAGAAAGCCAACAUAGAAUCUGAGCUGAACAAGAUUGAGGAGAAACUGGAGAGACAGAAGGCAGAAAGCAUUGAAAAACUGCAGAACAAGAUUGCCAUGAUCCACAAAUCAGCAGAAGAAAAGAGAGCAACGACUGAAUCGAAACGCGGGGAAGAUAUUCUCAAGGCAGAGGAGAUGGCAGCAAAAUAUCAUGCCACUGGAACUGCUCCAAACAAACUUCUUGGAUUGUUCUGAAACACAAAUUCCCAUCAAGUUUCUCUGUCAGGGAUCCCUUUAUUCUCAGCAUUAUGUGCUAAUAUGGUCUAGAAACAAUUGCAGAUUGCUAAAAUCUACCCUAUUAUGAUGCUGUAUAACAUUAUAUGAAUGUAUAUAACAUUGAAAAAUAAGAGAGACCCAAAGAUAGACAAACUGUAAACAUAUCCAUGUAUAAUCUGAAUCCAGUUGCAUUUCACAUAGCAUACAUAGAACAUACCUUUUACUCUACCUUAAUUUCAUUCUGUGUGGCAUGUUUCAUUCUAUACUAGGUUGCUAUGAUCAUUGCC